UAAUAUCUCCUACGUAGGAGUUAGUAUCUCCUACGUAGGACUUAGUAACUCGUACGUAUGUCACUGACUAAAAGACUCUCCAGCAUGCGUAGUGGAACAAUAUACUCGUGUGUACUAUUAUUUAGUAAGGAAACGUGUGUAAUUUAAAACUACACGGCAUGGAUGACUUUAUAAAAACAUAUUUUGCAUCUGGUAUGAAAUACCGUGAAAUAUUACUUUGUCUUGAAAAAAUAAAUGGGUUUAAAGUUUCUUUACGAAGCCUUAAACGGAUAUUGUCACGUAUGAACUUAUUUAGACGCAUAAAUAAAAGUGAUGAGCUUAGUGUUGGUCUCUAUGUCAUGGAAAAUGUAAUGACAUCCAGCAAACAACUUGGAUACAAGAUGAUGCAUCAGAAACUCCUUCAAGAGGGAUACGUUGUUACACAAGAAACAGUUCGCCUGAUGAUGCAUAUUUGUGACAAAGAAGGUAUUGAACAGAGAAGGAGAACUCGUCUUCAACGUCGGAUGUACCUGAAUCUUGGACCUAAUUAUUUAUGGCAUAUCGACGGGUAUGAUAAAUUGAAACCGUACGGGCUGUGUAUCAACGGAGCUAUCGAUGGAUUUUCUCGUUUCAUAAUAUGGCUUGAGGUGCACAAAACAAACAGCGAUCCUAAGAUAAUUGCUGGUUAUUUUAUGAAUGCUGUGAAACAUUUGCAAGGCUGUCCAACGCGUGCUAGGUCAGAUUAUGGCACCGAGAAUGUUUACAUUCGACAGAUGGUCAUUUUUCUUAGGGAUCAGAGAGACGAACAGUUAACAAACAGUUGUUUUUUACAAGGAUCAAGUAACCAUAAUCAAAGAAUUGAGCGUUGGUGGGGUAUACUUCGAAAUGAAAAUGUUCAGUACUGGAUAGAUUUUUUCACAAUGCUGAAAAGUACUGGUGAUUUCAACGGAAGCUUCCUUGAUAAGGCUGUUCUGCAGUUUUGUUUCAUGGACUUAAUUCAGGAAGAACUUAACUCUAUAGUUAAACUGUGGAAUAACCAUCGUAUAAGACCAUCAAGCAAUCCAAAUCAGCCAUACGGAAGACCAUUUUUGAUGUAUCAUUGUCCUGGUAUGUUCGGCUGUCAGGAUUACCUUUGUCGUACAUCUGAAGCACAGGUGAACUUGUGUCUUGAGGAAAGUAUUCAAAAGGGAAAUGUUACAUGUGACGAAACGGUGUUUGAACUGUGUACCAUCAUCAUGUCGGACCAUAAUAUGAUGCCUGCCAAAACAGCAGACGAUGCUGCACUGCUUUACCAAUUUCUCCGACGGGAAAUAUUAAAUGAACUUCACCAGGUCUAAGCCUAAAUGCAAGACCAACCAAUAUAAGGCGAAGUCUGUCGACGCAUAGGCUACUCCGUUAUUUACAAGUUAUUUUAAACAAGUUGACCAUGUUCAUUUGUAAAACAUGAAAAUGACGUAUAACUGUUAACUGAUUGUUGUAAACAUAUUAAAUAGUGUCUUUAAAUCAAUUCAUUGUUAAUCUCAGUAUUAGCAAAGCAGGAACAAUUUCAAUGUUUAACAUUUUAAAGUACCAGUAAACGCAUCUGUUGUAACCCUUUGCUCAUG